UUCUACUUGGUAUAAAAGGUGCAAAUGAGGCAGAGUGUGGUGCCUAGGUUGCCAAUUGGACAUUUAACAAUGCAGAAGCCACACCUCCAUUGAAACAACUGCACUAGCUAAAUGGCUGUGAAGCCAAGUUCAGUUUUGCUUAUGAUAUAUGUUGUUAAACUCUUAUGCCCUAAACACCUGAACAGGCCAUAUGACUGACUCUCUUCUCCAUUGCAGUCUGGUUAAUUACUGAGGUCAUUAGGGAAAUGUGCCAAGAGAUGCAUAGUGCCACCUGGUACUUUUCCAUAGUAGCACCUGGAUUCUGGAAUGCUUUUCCCUCUGAAUUGCUGAGGUGUCUGUUAUACCUUUUAGAUGCCUGUUGAAAACCUGUACUAUCACCCAAGCCUUUCCUGUAUGGCUGCUGGGUGCUGAGGAAUAUUCCAGAAAAGGAAUGAACCAGUGUUUAACAUUACAUCAACUGAGGUGCCUUUCCCAGCUUAUAAAGUCAUUUUUGUUGAUGGAAGAAAAUAUUGAAGAACUAUCUUCUGGACUGCUAUUAACAUGUUUUUCUGAGAACAAAAAUAUUCAAGGAGUUCUGAAAAAAGCUUGUGGGGAGGUUUUAACAGGGGAAAGUAGAACAAAUGAAUCCAGUGAGUUUCCUGAACAUAUUCUUCAGAUAAAAAAGCCUACCAUGCUAGAGUUUGGAUGGAGAAAUGGUUUUAAAGACCUGUCCUCUUCAGUAGCACAAAGUAUAAUAAUUGCAGUUGAAGAUUUUUCCAGUAAAAUUCUUGAACAUGAACAAAAUGAACAGUCUUCAGCUACCUAUUAUAUGAUGUGUGUUGCAAAUGUACAAAACAUGAAUGAAUCCUGGAGUGUUGUCCAUGAUAAAGAGCAACCAAAGCAAAUUUCAAAGUUUUGUUCUGACAUCAUGGAAGAACUUGACAAAUUGCUCCCACUGGCUCUGGCAUGCACAGGUGAAUUUUUCCAGGAAAUUAGAGCAAACUUUAUAGAGGUGUGUAGCAAAGUGGCAACAGCUGUCCUGACAAGACUGGAAGAGAGAAGUAAAGAUGUCCCAACAAGAGCUCCACUUCAGAACCUAUAUACCAUUCUUUCCACGGCAGUGUAUGUCUGUCAGCAUUUUAAAAUGUAUCAAAACUUAAUGAAAAUGGCCUGUGGAAAGCCCUUAUUUCUAGCACUUCUCCAGCAAUAUCAGGAACUGAUCAGCAUUCUUCAGUUUCAAGUUACAAAUUAUUGUAUACGAGUUUCUGUUACAAGUAUUUUACAGGAUGCCGAGAGUCAUUACUGGGAUGACAACAAAGCUUUUUAUGAGGGAGAAAGGUGCUCAUUCUCCAUCCAUAUGUGGCAUUAUUUCUGCUGUGCUCUUCAACAUGACCUAUGGACUGUUCUACCUCCUGUGUUAGCCCAGAAGAUUCUAACAGAAGUGCUGGAAGAAUCAUUAGCACUUUUGGCUUGCAGAUAUUUUCAGGCCCAGCCCAGUUACAAAAGGACACCACAAAUAAGAAUAGACGUCAUAGCAAUCUUGAUGACCUGUGAAAAUAUGCUGUGGUCAGUUUGUGGCUCCGUUCAAGAACUUUUAGGUCCACAUAAAGACAGAAAUCCUCAUAUUUAUAAUAUCCACAGAUAUUGCAAUAAUUUACUUGCAGCUGCUCUCGUUUUAACUUCACCACUAGAGAAUCUGUACAAAAGUAUCCUUUUUGGGAUGCGGUAUCAUCAUCUGGUCUGUCUGCUUGGACUCCCUGAUCAGUCCAGAUGGAAUGUAACUGAGAGAGAAAAGAGUGAAGCAAAAAACAGAGCCAGAACAUUUCAAAGUGUUUUUGAUAACUUGUCUUCAGAUAUUUUGGAGCAAGCUGUUUACCAACCAUUGCACUGGUUAUCUGGCAUAUCAAAGUUUUCCUCUUCUUUGCUAAAGAUUCCAUCAGCUGGAGAAAUGACAGUUCAGGGUCAUCUGAAGCUUCUUUUAUCCCAGCCAUACUGUAAUUGGAACUUGCUUUUGAGAACACUGCUACAUCAUGAUUGCCUCUUAAUGAAAAUGUUAUUGAGAAGUUGUAAAUCUGUGUUGUCUAAAAGCAAUGAACAAAGUCCUUGCCAAGACAUGAAAAAGAACAAGGAAAUUAGUAUAGCUGAAGCAAUAUUUACAGUGUUGUCUUAUUGCACUUUAUCUCCCAAAUCUCUUGGUGAUGUCCUUCAGAACUACAUGGAAAAAGAACACUUAUGGGAUUUCUUACAUAGUAUAUCAGUUUCUGAUUGCAGUGAGUCAGAGCCAGAAGUUAUCAAAUGCUUGAAAUUGACUCUGAUUAAUUCAGUUAAAGGAAUAGUGAAGGAGGUAAUCUCCUUGAUGCAUUCAUGGGAAACAACAGAGAAAUAUGGCACCUAUCUGCCUAAUAAAACUGUUCCUGAAAAUUUGCUGAAAACAGUUCCAAAGGAAUGGAAUUACAUCUAUAGAGAUAUGAAAAGAGAAGAAUCUGGGAAAUGUUUCACAAGACUUGCUGCUCAACUUGUAUCUAUUGUAAUCAGCAAGUUACCUUCUAUAAUUGCAAGUUUGCCUUCCCCAAUUAAAUAUUUUUUUUUCAUAUCUGAGAAAAAAAUACCACCAAAGUUUAUUGAAUCAAAGAAAGCUACUUUUCUUGUCAAGAUUUUGAUUAUAAUUGUAUGUCAGAUAUUUGAGGAUGGAAACAUCACAGAACUUUUAACAGGUACAAUUCUUGACAGAUGGAGCAAAGAAAAGCUCAGCUUAGUUUGCAUAUGUUUGGAAACUAUUAUAGAAAAAAAGAAAAAGAGCCCUAAACAAGUAAUUCAUAAGAUUAUUCAGAGCAUUGAACAGGAAAAACCAAACUGGAUUGAAAACCAGUUACUAAAGGCAAGAAAACUGAGCACAGAUUGUACAAUUACUACUGCAAAAGAUAGUAGAGGCUUAGAAGAGGAAACUAUUGAGCUUGAAUUGACUGAGCAGAAAAUAAACAUGAUGGCCUUGGAUAUCUGCCACAAACCAGGUGGCAGUGAAUACCUGAGGCAAAUUUAUCACAUCAUCCAGCUCAAUGAGGAUGAUUUGAAUGAACAGCUAUCUUACGAGGGAACUUCUGAAGAAAACACAGCAAGCAUUAGACCUUUAGAUCUAAAGUUAAGAAGCAAAGAACAGCCUGGUUUUGACCCUUUCCAGGUGCACCACUGGUAUUGCACUAAUGUGUUAAAAAAGGUUAGUCAUUAUAAUAAGCAUCUAAUGUUGUUUAAUGUUUAA